AAAAUAAACACCUGACCUCAGAUCGGCUUCAGCCGGGAGCUUCCUGCAGCUCUGCCAGCUCUCUGCUUUGAGUGUGCUCAGUGUCCUGAGCAGCGCACACCGCCUGCACGCUCAUCUCCCCAUCCUCUGUACACAGGUCUGUCAGACACUGAUGCUGGAUCUGCGGUGGGAGUGGAAUGGAUAAUGGCCAUGGCACACUGUAAUCGGUCGCCAUCCUCCUCUCCUCAUGAUGAUGUCAACCUGGGGCCUUCAGCAAACCCACAUGCCAGGCCCACUGACUUUGACUUCUUGGCUGUCAUUGGGAAGGGGACGUUCGGAAAGGUCCUGCUCGCCAAGCUCAAAGCCGACAACAAGUUCUACGCCGUCAAAGUGCUGCAGAAGAAAGUCAUCCUGAAGAAAAAAGAGCAAAAGAACAUCAUGGCAGAGAGAAAUGUGCUGCUGAAGAGUCUGAAACACCCGUUUCUGGUCCGGCUCCACUACUCCUUCCAGACCCCAGAGAAGCUCUACUUUGUCCUUGACUAUGUGAAUGGGGGAGAGUUGUUCUUCCACCUGCAGAGAGAGAGGUGCUUCUCAGAGCCCAGAGCAAGGUUCUACACAGCCGAGGUGGCGAGCGCCAUCGGCUAUCUUCACUCUCUCAACAUCGUUUACAGAGACCUGAAGCCAGAGAACAUUCUCUUAGACUCUCAGGGCCAUGUGGUGCUGACAGACUUUGGGCUGUGCAAAGAAGGCGUAGAGCCGGAGGGAACCACCUCGACUUUCUGUGGGACUCCAGAAUACUUGGCACCCGAGGUUCUUCGUAAGGAACCGUAUGACAGGACGGUGGACUGGUGGUGUCUGGGAGCAGUACUCUAUGAGAUGAUCUACAGCCUGCCUCCUUUCUAUAGCCGCGACGUCAGUGAAAUGUACGAUGGCAUCCUCCACAAGCCGCUGCCGCUGCCUCCAGGGAAGUCUGAGGCUGUCAGCUCUCUGCUGGUGGGUCUUCUGCAGAAAGACCAGCACAGACGCCUUGGGGCCAUUGCCGACUUUUUAGAAAUAAAGAACCACACCUUUUUCUCUCCAAUCAACUGGGAUGACCUUUACCAUAAGAGAAUCACUCCUCCUUACAACCCUAAUGUGAGAGGCCCAGCUGACACUCAGCAUAUUGAUCCAGAGUUCACCAGAGAAAUGGUUCCUAACUCUGUGAGUCGAACCCCGGAGUUCAACGGCAGCGCCAGCUCCAACAAUGCCUUCAAUGGGUUCUCCUUUGUCGGCAACGAGGACAGCUUUCUGUGAGGCAGGAGUUAACGGUUCACGUUUGAACAUUUGAACGGGGUGACUGAUUUAAUAGAGCAAUCACACCUCUUUUGAGUUAAGAGCCCAUGAAAAUGAGAGCUCUUCGUGUACCAUUGCAGAAAUCCCACAUGGCAUCUAUCGUGUUUGACUCCUGCAGGGAUUUUCAGAUUGUUCCUUUUGAGGGUGUAGCAGGAAGGGAGCGCGCCUGCAAUGGAGACUGUUAAGUGUAAAAUAUGUAGAACUUUUUGCCUGGAAGGCGAUCAACAUGAAUGUGUCACCAAAUAGUGCUCGCAAUAAGUAGUAGCAUCUUUAAGAUGCAGUGGAAAUGAUCUUUUUUCCAUCAAUUUGCAAUGGAAUGAAGAGCAUGUGAGGCUGGAUUUGCUCAAAAAAUGUGUUUUCUAAUUAGGGCUCUGUUUUCCUGAAAAAUCUCCCGGUGCAAAUGCAGUUUUUCGUUGUAGUUCUUGCACUUGUGGUGACCACAGGUGUCGAUUCAAACCAGGCACAGCUGGGUGCAAUGUGGAGGACAGGUUGAAUACAUUAUUAGCUGAAUCAAAUGAGCUCCUCUCAUGCUCUUUAAAAGCAGCACCAGGUGAAACAGAGCGGGUUAGGUCUCUGAGAGAGUAAAAAAUUCAUCCCAAUUCAGCGCCUGAAGUUCCAAAAUAAAUGUUAAAUAUUAUUCAACCCAAAUGUAGUAAUAGAAUAUCAAUAGAACAGCCUGAUUCCAAAACAGUUGCAGUCAUUUGCAAACAAACAACAGUUUUACAAAGUGUUCCUGAGCUCAUGUAGUAACAUCCCUUAUACAAUCAUGUGUUCACAAAGUGGUGAACCUCGCUCCAUCCUCGCUUGUGAAUGACUGAGCCUUUCAAUGAUGCUCCUUUCGUCCCCAAUCAUGAUACUAUCAUCUGUUACCAAUUAACCAGUUGUAAGAGGUCUUUAUGCGUGUGUCUCUGCCCAAUAAAGCCACAAAAUUGCCCAAACUAGACUUAUGCCUGUGGAAGACUGCAUAAAAAGUGUGGUUGCCCCAGCACUGGCUUUGAGCCUGCCGGAAAAUAGAGCCCUUCGUGUUGUCUGUCUCACUAAUCUCUUGAGUGAACAUAUUUCUUACAUGAGCAUGAACAUAAUAACCUCAGGGUUCAGCUGUGCUUUGAAACGGGAUGAAAACCAAAACAAAAAGUGUCCUCACACAAACCCACCAGAGAGAGUUUGAAAAAAAUACACUGCUUUAACAGAACAUAUUUUGACAUCAGUUAUUGAUACACAGCGUAUGCUUUCGUCUCAUCGAUAUGAUAUGCUUAAGGGUCCAUGAUGGAGAUGACUGGUGGUCUCUACUGGCUUUUACACUAGAACAAUGUGGAACUUACCUUCCAGUGAGCGAGGAGAGGGAGAAAGACAGCUUUUUUCUUCAUGAAAUUUUCUUUAUUAAGGACCAAAAGACAGAAAUUUAACCAAAUAAAUAAAGAUGAAAAAAACAGCUAAAAAUAACAACAGUGGUCAGGAUUGUUUGUGGCAGUUUUGCCAAAGUGUCAAAAUGAAUUUGUAGAUGAUGCACUGAUGUUGAAAACGCUUCAUGUAGCACCUUUAAAAACAUCAGUCGACGACACCACAGUGUGAACAUUAUGGCUGUUUGCUCUGUGGACUGUGGUUUUGCUUUCUGUAUUGUACCUGGGAAACUCCUCAAAAUAUGUUUGUCUGGACAUUAUUUUAGCCUGUAGAUAGCGAGAUACAUUUAGAUAUUUUAAGUAUAAACAGUGAUAUUGACUAGUUUUGUUUUUUGUGACACAUGCUGUACAUGCAGUUCAUGUCAUAUUGAAAAUACUGUAUUUAGCAUCUGUAAAUAUACAGUAGCAGCUUUGCAACAAGAUGAUGUACUGUAGUAACGUGAUUAUAUCAAUGUAAACCAUGAAGUGCCUCUUUGCUUUGGAAAUGAAGUUGGUGAUUAUUGGUGCUUGAUGUUGGCAGUGAUGGGUGAUGCACUUGUACAUGUGAUGUCCUUCUAUUUUUAUUAUAUCAUUUAUACAUAUACUUAAAGUCUUGUUUGUACAUCCCAUAUUAUAGAGGUUCCUGAACAAAGCAUUUACCUCCUUAAAAAAACAUGUUAGUUUUGUUCAAAGUUUUAAAUUCAAAUUAUACUGUAUCAGAUGCUUUUCUAUGAAAUCAGGGGAAGUAACUGUUUAUUUCCUUGAAACGGCAGCUGUAAUUUCUUCCCCUAAAUGGUCUAAAAUGUUAAUGGAAGAUCACUCAGACAAAUGCUGCUCUGACCUUCCUUGUUCACCGUUUGCCUUCUGAAAGUGUAACCCUGCGUGUCAAGCUGUUAUUCCCUGACUGAUCGUGUAAACAGAGAGGUUGACGUUAAAGGCUGUCGGUCACGCUGCCAGCAGCAGCAGCAGCAGUGUCAUAGUAGACUGAUGCCAGCUGAAGCAAAAGUCCAACCCUGUGUGUGUGUGUGUGUGUGUGUGUACAUGGAAAACGUGUUCAUAAAUCAAGCAGCUGUCAAAACAUUUACAUGUUCUUUUGGAUGAGCCAUUAAACAUGUGUGCAUAA